AUCGAUCGGCUGCGUUGUGCAGUGUGGUGUUAUUAAAUUACUGAUUUAAAGCAAAUUGUGAUUAUAAUUAUCGAUUUAAUUAAGGUUAUUUAUAGAAACUGAUUCCACAUCAAUCAAAACCAUUUAUUUUUGGGAGUUAGACACCAAAUUCGUACAAAAUGAUGGAACAUGUACGCCAAUUUGAUUGGAAUCCCAGUGACAGAGAUACUGUCUUUUUAAAAGAGGAAGAUAUGGAUAAUAGUGCAAUAGAACGGAUCAUUAGGAACAAAUUCCAUGAUCCUCUAAUCUCAAGUGACUCUGAGGAUGACAAGCCUUCUCCAAAGAUUGACUGGAAUGAUGUGUUUAAGAGAAAAGAAGUUGGUGAAGGUCACUGCCAUGUAUAUGUAGCAGGUCUCCGUAAACCUCCUCCACACCCGAAACUCUCUGCUUUAACAAGGGAAGAGCACUUCAAAUUGCUUAAAGUGUUGUGUACAGACUACCCAAAAGUAUUGCCUGUUCAGUACAUACCAAGACCUACAAAGCAUGACUAUAAUCUGUUUGAGGCAAUAAAAGACAAAUACCUGGAAGAACAAAAAGAGUACAUGGAAUGGGCAAAGACACUAUGGACAAACAGUCAUUGUGGUCGAGCUUUACGACCGAAACCGGUACUAGAAAGGGUGUAUGAAGCUGAAUAUAAAAUGAAAGCUAAGCAACUAGAAUCAUUCCCAAAGAGCUAUGAGAUGGCAGCACAUAUUGCUUUACAUAACAAGAAUAAUAAUUGCAGUUUGACGCAUAAGAAAGACUUGAUUAAUGUAAAUUAUACAGGCCUACCAAAGACUGAAUUUACUGAGACUGUCCCAAAGAAGUUUGUUGUGAUACGACCAGGACCCCUGCCGGAGCCAUGCACCAAACACCCGUGCUGGUUUAUGCUACCAAAUGAGAAUAAUAUGACAGAGUUGCCAUUGACGGAAAUUCACAGGGAAUUAGCACAGUAUGCUUUAGAUAAUGGCACUCAAAACAUAGUGAGUGAGAGUGCCCUCAAAUGUUUAAUAGAAAUCGACCGACAUUGGAUGAUACCCUUAUCUGUGUAUCCGAUUAUUAAUGCAGACGGAGAAAAACAAAACGUAAUCGUGUUCGGCAGCGAAUUCUCGGCACAAAAGAAAUCGGCCAUGACACGCACGUACAGAGGACUCCAUCACUUGCUAGAAACCUUCUUUAUUCCGCCAGCAGAGAAAGCAAAAAUAUUCACGCGAAUGAAUUCCACAUCUUCCACGGAGAAACAAGUUAAUGCGACUCCAAAUGGGAAUACUAGUAACGGUACAAAGUGUGGCGUCACCAACCUAAGGGAGAGCUUCGAUGAUAUGGAUGUGACUAGUGAUGAAGAUGAAGGGCAUCUGUUCAUUGAUGAAGGCAAAGAACCCAUACAAAGUGAAAUAGAUACUCCACCAUGUGAAGAUAAAAAAGAGCCUUCAUCACCUCCUCGCGUAGGCUGUGUCACUAGAAGUAGUCCACAAUCUCCAAGUGCGAUAACGACCCCUUGUCAAGGGUUAGAUAUGAAGACAACAAUGAAAAGUACCGGAGUAACAGUGUCUAUGGUCAAAUCUGUAACGGCUAAGAGUCCCGUGGCUAUGAAAAAUGACAAAAAUAAUUCAAUAGACGAUUGCAGUGACAACUUCUACUCAUGUACUUGCAACGCUUUCUACACACUACCGCCGCCGCGGUCGUUCAGAAAAUGGCAAGUUAGGAACUUCACUAACAACGACCGAAUAGACUUGAUCGUUCACUGCUCACACAAACAUAGGAAUCAUAAUUCAGAGGUUUUAUUAGAACCUAUACCAGAAUAUCAGUUGGAACUGGGCGGGUCCAAGCAGUCCGACCAAAAGAUCAAGAGCUUAGCUCUCUCUUUGCUUUUAAGGAAAAACGCUUCAUUAGUAAAUGUAAGAGUAGACUGUUCGUCAGGUGAAGUCGUGACGAUAGAAACACUGACCCACGAUGAAUUUACGAAGCGACACGGCAACCUUACCCAGGAUAUAUCAAAUGUUGUAUAUGAGACUAUAAAUCAACUGCAAGGACUAUUACCUGGAAAUUAUAUACUCCAGCAUGAGCCAAGUCAAGGCCCGAAUGCUUUCCUUUUCGCGACUGGAGUAAAGGGUAGCGCAUAUAAGUUAGUCCUAGACUUUAACAGCCCGACUCCCGCCGAUGCUGACGAGGCUACCAGCGUCAAGUCUCCACCUGUGUUGACGCCUGUACUUCUCCCGAUGCAUAAAUACCGCAAGAUCCUGCCGUGCGCAUUCACCACCGACGAGCGACUGGUCGUGAAGGAGCCGAAGAAGCUGGUCAACAAGCAGAAGCCUCCACCGCAGGCGAUCAAGGGCGACGACGAAUGCGGCACACGUCGAAAGUGGCCAAAGAAGACGCGAUCUCGAGCGAAGCGCCGCGCUGCUAACCGAGUGUAGAUACUCAUUUUUGAAUUAAGAACGUAUCUAUUAAGAUGUUUUUGAUGUGAUGUACUGUAGAAUGGCAUAAAUGGGCUAUUAGAUGGUCCUAUGUCGAACAAAAUAAGGACUCAGGAUUAUCACCUGGGGGGUAAGGCUCUGAGAGUAGAACUCUGAGAGUAGUGUAAAAGGAGCGUAGAGUCUGAGAACUGAUAAUUUUAUUCACUACAAAAGGUAUAAAAUAUAUAAAAAAUAGCUGAUUAAGAGUCGAUUGUAAUGCCUAAGUUAGGUAAAUAAAUGAAUCUUACCUGUAUCUUGCUUGAUGGAGGAUAAAGUAAUGAAGCUUUCCAGGCUACGUUCUCCAAAACCAAUGUACACGGCGUUGUACAGAUUUAACGUGAUAAUUACCUAUUUUCUCAUUACUCAACAUAUGUACAGCCAUGAGCAAUAUAAUGCACCCAUUUUAGGACUCUUAUCACACUAACAUAUUUGACAAUUUGUCAAAAAAGUUAAUGUGACAUGGUAUAACUCCCGGCAAACUUCUUGAGCAUCGAGUGUCGUAGUGGGAGAAAGUUCGCGCACGUACACUUCCGUGCAAAAAAAAUGAACUUUUGAUUAUUUUCUUAACUUCAUUAAAAAAAACAAUUAUUAUAUUAUUUAAUUAUGGAAAUAAAACUAAACUUAUAUUAUUAUAGUUUAUUAAAACUUAUAUUAUAUUACCAUAUUUAAUAAAAAACUAAUCGUCAGGUAAGUAUAAUAUUCCUUCCAUGAGGUUGAAACCAGCAAUACCGGAGCUAGUGCUAGGUUUUGGAUCUGUAGACAUAGACCUCGUGCUAGUAACUAAUUCUUCAACUUAAACAAAUGAGCAAUAACAAAAAAAAACUAACAAAAGAGCAAUAACAAAAACGUGACAGUUUCACUGCACGCAAGUGUAUUCGGGAGUCAAAGGGACGAAGACAAGAGUGCGCGGGGGAAGUAUCGACUGAUCUACCAAUAGCCGGUCGAUGCGGGACUCACCCGCCCCCGCGCCCCGUACCGCACCACCAAAGAGAUCUAAAAUUCGGUUGUGCGCAGUCAAGGUCGAUGCUCAAGAAGUUUGCCGGGACCUAUACCAAAGUAUAUACAUAUUAAUGCUCGUGACCGUACAUACAUACAUAGAACAUAUGCAUGUUUGUUAUCGAUUAAAUUCACCAUAUUCCUAAUCUGUAUUGGGCUGGUAUUCCCUUCGCGGGUUGGAAGGCCAGACCGGCAGUCGCUUCUGUAAAAACCGGACCUGUCAAAUUUUUAGGUUAGGUAAGCGGACCCUGUGAAAAACGGGAUAAUGCUAGGGAGAUGAUGAUGUUAUCGAUUAAAUUAGUAGGUUAGACGAAGACAAAUCUGUACAACGCCAUCUAUAGUGUUUUUGGGGAACAUAGUCCCUCAUUGUAUAGUUUUUCACGCCAAUUUUUCUUUCUUCCGUAGUUGUGUAAUUGAUCCUCUAUAUGUAUAACGACCAGCGAUUUAUUAAAUAAAAACACGUUUAUAAUUAUACAAAUAGUAUAUAAUUUUAUUAUAAUUGUUGUCUAUAUUACAUGAUAUACAAUUCAAAAUAUACAUUAACUGACAGUGAGUGAGUAACCUAAUUAUAUAAUUUCAGUAUUAUGAGUUGUAUGUUAGCAGUUAACCAGUUUAUAUUACACUGAAACAACAUACCUGGCGAGUGGGUGUACUAUACACCUCUACCUAGUCCUUAAGGGAUACAGGCGUGAUGUAUUACACUGACGAGAAAUAAUAAAUAAUCAGUAACUUCUAAGCGGCCUCGUCGAAGUAGCCGUCUAACUGCGUAGAGAUCUGAAACAAUGUAAUAGUUUCAAUAAAAACACAUUCCACAAAUCAUAA